UACUUGGUUAAAAUUUCUAGAAAUUUGUUAAAGGUUUUUUUGGCUUGUUGCGAUGAAUUGACUGAACCCUUCAUCUUUAAUUGGACCUCUAACGUCUGUUAGCAGGAAAUUGAUGGAAGUAUAAUUCAUCUUUUUCCCCUGCUGCUGACCUUUUUCUGAAAAUUGAAAUUGACACUGUUGAUUCCCAUUUAGGAAUGAAAACUUUGUUGUCUUUUUCCUUUAUUCUUUUGCUGUCGUUCGAUUUUCUUUGAUGUCUUCUGAUAGUUUUAGAUAUCCAGGUACUCGCCCUGCCCUGUGCAUUUCUUUAGGAUUCUCUUACACCAUGAGCCGCAGGAGCAAUAGCUAUAGUUCUUCUGAUUUAGAGGAACUUCUAGAGAUUGAGUCAAGAUGUCGGCAGCUAAAGAAAGAAAAGGACACACUAAAAGAUUCACGACCUCAAAGCUUUGAACUGAUAAGGCGGCUGGAACUACAUGUAAACUCUUUAUCAGAAGCACGCAAGGAAGACAAGCUACGCAUUGAAAACUUGGAGAAGGAGUUGACAAACUGCUCACAGGAAAUAGAUUACCUGCAGGAUCAACUAUGUACAAGGAACACAGAAUUGAACUGCCUUGUAGACCACGUUGAAAACCUAGAAUUUAAAUUAGUUCACAUGGAGCGUUUGCAAGAAAAGGCUGGCAGGUUAGAGGAAGAGGUGAAGCGUAUGCAAUCAGAGUGCCUCUUCUUGAUGCAGAAAUUAGAUGGCAAGGAAAAGGAGCUACAAGAAUCAAAUUCCAAUAUAGAAAAACUCGAAGAGUCCAUCUCGUCCAUGACAUUGGAGUCUCAAUGUGAAAUCGAGAGUAUGAAAUUGGAUAUGGUGGCCAUGGARCAGCGUUACUUAGAAACUAAGAAGAAAGUUCAGGAAGAAGCUUUUCAUUUAACUGAUAAAAUGAGUAGAUUGAUUGGGGAGCUUCAGAAUGCAGAGAAAACUAUCGAGUCUCUGGAGAAAGAAAAUGAGGAACUCAGGAGAGAGCUGGAUAUGUCAACAAGAAAUGCCUCCACAUUUUUUCGAAGGGUAGAUGAAUUGAUUGAAGACAAGGAGAGGUCACAAAAUACUAUGUUUUCCUCAAAUGACCGAGACAGCGAGUUAACAUCAUUUCUUGACACUAGCUGUGGAGAAGUCUUGGGCCAUCUUCUUCCAAAAUUAGAAGUUGCACUAUCUGCGGAUGCAAAUUCAAAAGUGAAGAUGGAUGCAAUGGCACAGGAGAUACAUGAUUAUGAACUUCUUGUAAAGCAACUCAAGGAGGAGUUAAGAGAUGAGAAGUUGAAAGCAAAAGACGAAGCAGAGGAUCUUGCUCAAGAAAUGGCUGAGCUAAGGUACCAAAUUACUGGUUUGCUUGAAGAAGAGCGCAAGCGCCGGGCUUGCAUUGAACAGGCAUCUUUACAGAGAAUUGCACAGUUGGAGGCACAGGUUUCAAAAGAACAAAGUAAAUCAUUUGCUGUUGCAAGACGGCAUAUGCACGAAAUAUAGUGGUUGGAGCAUGAAUCAAAAGCUGCUCGAGGAAGAAUGUCAAUCAGAGCUUACUUUGUGAGAACCUCUGGAACAUGACUGCUGAAUUUUACUGCAAAACCCUCUUGGUUUUUCCCAGAUGCUGUAUUUGGAUCCCCAAUUUUGUACCGACUACUCAGAAUUCAGCUAAUUUAGCUUCUUUCGGAGGAAGCACACAUGCAUCUGUAGAAGAUGAUACAGAAAGAUAGUAGAUUAGAUUCCAUUAGUGGAUUUGUGCUAUAGGUGGUUGUUCAUUGUUGCUGUAAUCAGGAUUCUAAAGUAGAUUUCCUUUGCACAGUUUUUUUUUUUUUUUUUCCUUUUUCUUUUUUCCUUUUUUGGAUGUAUAUAUACAUGUAUCUGGAUCCAGGUGCUAAGUUUGUUCAUUUUUAAUAUGGGAAGUUUUGUAUGCACUCAUUUCCA